AUGUUUGCCUGUCCUUACGCAGACCGUGAUGAGGAAGACGCGCAGGUGGAGUGCACGCCUCCGCACCAGGCAGGCGGCGUUGGUCACGUCCUCGUCCCAGACAGCGAUAAUGACGACAGCCUGGGUCUGCCAGUAUCGCCAGUGCCUUCAUCCAGUGGCUGUGUGCCGGCGGUGCGCGCCUUCUCGAAGCGGGCGGCGCGCUGUGCAGCAGCCUUGCUGCAGCGCCACGACACCGCCACCUCCGUGGUGCACAAGCGGAGGUGUGUGCAGCAGCUGGGCCGUCUCGGCGGCACCUACCGCUCUCUCGCUCACGGUCAGACCUUAACAGUUUGGACACGCCAUCAAGACCUCAACAUCCGUGCGAUUCACGAGACAGACGCCUUCUUUGAAGGGCACAUGGAAGACCACCUCGCCCACCCACAUGUUACACGCAAGAACAGGGUUCUGAGAGCGGCGCGGAAGGCGGCCUUUGGCAGCAGCCCUCAGCGGCACUCACCAGCGGCUUCAUUCGGUUGCCGAGCUUCACUUCCCUCUAGCCUACCUCCGACUCAUGCUGCGCGCGCCACGUCCCACAGCGACAGUUCCGUCGGCGCAGAUGUAACUCCGCUGCAGACGGGCUACCGUCUUUCCAGAGCGGAGCAGUGCGCCCUUUCGCUGCUGUUCAUGGACGACGCCGCGGACGCCAAAUACACAUCGAGUCCGCUGCAGACGUUUGGCGCGCAUCACACGUCGGAUGACGGCAGCCAACACAUGGAUCUGAGCGAGUCCCUGUGCGAUGCAUUGUCCCACGGGAGUUGCCCUGCCGACACUCACGCAACGAUGUCGCUCUGGGUGUACGGCGAAGACAGCGACUCUCUUCAUAGCUCCCCAUCCCCGGCAGCGCACUACGGUGACAGUCCGAGUGCGGUGCCGCAACACCGCAAGCGUGACCGCGGAGACACCACUUGGACUGGGUUGCAGCCCCUCAAGGGGCGACGAGGAGCGGUCUGCGCGACAAGGAUACUCGGCUUCGAUGAGCUCAGCAUGUCAUCCUCCUCACAAAGCGCGAUACCUCUCGAGGAGAAGUCCGUAGCUCGCCGUGACACGCCAGUGCCCGCCUCGCUGUCUGCCACUGUCAUAGAACUUCAGAAUCAGCGGGUGCAGUGGAAUCUGCUGCGUCAGCAGUCCCUCUUUGGCCCGUUUUGA